UCUAUUACGUUAUCCCAUUUGAUCCCGUUCUAUGAACGUCAUUCGCCUGUGUAAACCUACUUUUUGAAUUUUUAUCCUUUACAAUUAUUACUUUUUGAAAUUUUUAGAAAAAAAGCAUGUUCAUAGCAGUAUGGAUUCGUUGGUAAAUGAAAUAAUCUCUGACACAGCUGAUAAAUUUGCAAAUGAUGUUGUUACCUUUCAAAAUAAUUAUGGAACUAGAACUACAUUUGAAGAAUUGAACGAGGACCACUUAAGAGAGAAACUGUGGGAAACGUUGUUUUCUUAUUUGUCAAACAGUUCAGAAUCAUCUGUUCACCACAACUGUUUGUCCACAUUACGGAUACUUAGCCGAGAUAAAACAGACUUGAAUUACUUAAUCACAGAUGAAAGAAUAAAUAUUAUAUUAGAAAAUGCAGCUUUAAAAGGCACCGAUGUAGAUCAACUUUCUUAUAACAAUGUUACCAUUGAAGCUCUCAAGCUUCUAUGUAACCUUAUAUUUAAUAGCACAAAAGUGCAGCAAAUAUUGCCAAGUACAUCCUGUUUGCCAUGUCUGAUCGAACGUAUGAUAAAAUAUAACAAUGACAUUCCUUAUGAAGUAAUGCUAUUCGACAUAAGAAUUAUAUUUUUAAUCACUGCUCUAAACAUAUCUACAAGACAAAUUGUUAAAACAGAACUAAAUGGCGACGAAUGUCUAAUAACUAUUUUGGAAAAUAUAAAAAUUCGAAGUGAACAGAAAAACACUAUAGAGACAGAUGAUGCGACAUUAGCGUGUGAGAUCUUGAAAACUCUCUUCAAUUUGUAUAUACAAUCAGAUGAUACAACACAGGAAAAAGAAAGGGAUAAAAGCUUGGUUUCAAUUCUGUAUAAAUUGCUGUUGUUUCAGUGUGAAAAAGAAAAUGAUCUUCAAAGUAACAUUGCAAACUUAUUAACAGUGAUACCGUACGAUUGCUAUUCAACAAUCAUACCUCCUUGUAAAGAAAAACGGAAACACGUUUAUCAAGACGUUGACAUGAGUGGUAUAUCCGUUUUACUACAAUUCCUUGAUAGAAGAUUAAAUUGCAAGGAGGAUCUGAUAGGAAAUCUUAGUCCAAUCGUCACUGCCUUUAUUAGACUUAUCAAGGCUGAGAGAUUAAUAAGAAAAUAUACUAGAUUAAAAAUUUUACCUCCUUUGAAAGAUGUAAUGCAUCGUCCAGAAGAAGGUACAACUUUAAGAGCAAAAUUGUGUAAAUUAUUAACUUCUCCUUUAACAGAGCUACGCGAUCUUGUCGCAGAGUUCCUGUUCAUACUAUGCAAAGAAAAUGUUGUUCGUAUGGUAAAGUACACCGGAUAUGGAAAUGCAGCUGGCAUGUUUGCAAAUAAAGGAUUAUUGGGUCCGAACAAAGGAAAGUCAGCUUAUUCUUCUGAAUCAGAAGAUAGUGAAACUGAAGAGUAUCUGAAACAUAAGGAACAGAUCAAUCCGGUAAUCGGUUGUUUCGAGCAACCAAAACCGAAUCCUUUGGAAGGAAUGACGGAGGAACAAAAAGAGUACGAAGCGUUAAAGCUUGUAGGUCUUGUUGAUAAAUUAACAAGGGAAGGAUUAGUGCAGCCUUGUCGAAUUGGAGAUGAUGGAAAACCAAAGGCAAUUGAACAUGUUUUGGAGUUACAGGAAGAAUUACCAAAGCAACAGUACGGCCGUCAAGAUUCUGAUUCUGAUUGAAUGAAUAGAAAUACUUGUUAUACAUAGAUAAUUUGUAUAAUAAUAUAUGCAUCAUGAAAUACAAGCAGUAUUAUAUAUGUA